CACAACCGUUUUAUCGACUGGUUUUACCUUGCUCAGGUAAACAAUUAAAAAAUGGCGACCGUUGAAGACGUCAGGAAACACAGGGGCACAAUUACGUUGGAAAUGUAAGAAGGCAAAGCAGAAGCAUGCUUUUCGUGUGGACUACACCCAUAUGGGUGUUGCUGUUGACCCCCUUGGGGAUAACUGCCCAAUGGGCAAGCUGGGAAAACCAAAACCCUACAAACACCAAGGAAAACUUUUUCAUGGACUCCAAUGCUGAGUGUAACAAGCAGUAUGACAUUGGAGAGAACAACGCCCUUCUGCACGGUCACGGUGCUUUGUUAGAGCAGCAACCCCCAAAGACCUGCCAGAUCACAUUCAGCACUGACAGUGUCCGUGAGAAACGCAAGUUCAGGAUAGAGGUCAUUAGUGCAAGCUUCGAUGCUGAUGGAGUACAGUUCUAUGUCUACGACAGUUCUACAACAGACACUUUGCUGUAUGGGUUUGGGUUCGGAAAGGACAAACCUGCCAACUUUCAACCGUUGAUCACCUCUGGAGGAUUCGUGACCUUCCAACUUGUCAAAGCUUAUGCGGGACAAGCUGACUACAACAUCAAGUGUCACAUCAUCAGUAUUCCAGGUGAUGUCAGCGUCAUUGACGAGUGCCCAGGUGGAGAGGGACCUGGGUGUAACUACUAUUUCUAUCAGUCUCCCGUCACCAAGGAAAUCAUCCUUGGGAUUGUUGGUGGAGUUUUUGGACUCAUUCUCUUCGUCAUCGCUCCCAUCGUCAUCAUCUGCUGCUAUCGUAAAUCCAAAGGAGUGAAUCGACGAUGGGAUGAGUUCAAACUCGGCCAGACUAACACAGCGGCAAACAUCAGCACCAGCAAGGGUAGCGUGCGGGCCACUUCACAUGACACGAAGUCCAAACUGUGGGCCUCACAGAGCUCUAAAAUGGGUCUAUCCAGCGUAAACAAACCUUACCGUAGCAGGGGCAGGCUAAGUGAGGAUGAUGAUAGUGUUUUUGAUGAUGGUCCUCCCAGAAGCUACCCACCUCCACCUCCGCCCUACGAGCGUUACGACAAGUCAACGCGACAUAAUAGGGAUGAUCACGAUAGUCGCAACCGGAGACGUGAUCGUUACGAUAGCAGAGAUGAGGACUAUGAUAGAAAAGACAGGCGCUAUAGAGACAGGAAUGACGACAGAUUUGACCGACGGAACCGGAGAGAAAUUGACAGAGAACGAAGAGACUCUUCUCCAAGACGUUCUCUUUACUCUGACUCUAACUCUGAAAUGGAGUCGUCGUUUGUACAGGCAGAAGAUGAUCAUCCACAGGAGAAGUUUGUGGAGAGGAUCAUCAAGCCUAGUGUGAAACCCAAAGCAAAAGCCAAAACUAAGAAGCCAGUGGAAGAGGACGUUUAUGAUGAACUGAGUGAGGAUGUAGAGGCACUCAGAGACAGCAGUGUUCAGUGUGGGCCAUCCGACGAGGAGAACGAAUCAAAUACGGAGACCACUGAUGAUGAUACAUCAGAAACUGAGUCAGACUCAGAAGAUGAGAAAAAGAAAAUCGAUCCAAGAACUGCUUUGUAUUCAAAACCAAGUAAAAAAGGGAAAAAUAGAAAUGGUGAGGCCAAACAGCCUCCUCAGCAGCCACCGCAGCAGCCUCAGUUUGGUGUGGCUGCCUACCCGCCAGGUCCGGUCAUGGCUGGCACAAAUAUGGGACAACCUAUGAUUGGCCAUCCAAUGAUCGGUCACCCUUUGGCUACAACCAGGCCUCCAAUCCCAGGUGUUAUUGUGAGACCAGUAACACAGCCACAGUUUGCUACAGGUCACUACCCUCCCGUAAUGCGACCAGGAGUUCCCAUACAGCCUGGCCCAAUGCAGUUCAGACCAGUUCAGCCUCCAAACCAGGCAGGAGCUAGGCUGCCCCACGUACAAGUCCCACAACAGUCCCAUCCUUCUCAGCAUCGUGCGGCUUCCAAUCCACCCCAAGAUCCACCCUUGUUUUCAUACCUGGUCCAGCGAGGGUACACAGGUAGAUAUUCUCCAGCCAGUUCAGGAACAGGGAUUAGCAGUGACGCCCACGUGAUCAAUCUCACCGACGACUCUGAUGGUGCGGCUAACCUUCCGAGUGGUGUGGACCUCAUGAAGAGGACCACAGAUGUAUAAUGUUCGGUGAGCGGAUAGAAAGUGCUGCCUUUAUAAUAAAUGAACUGUCAUUUUCUUUUUAUGAUGCAAUGUGGCAUGAUUUAACUUUUUCACGCCUGAAGACACAUUUGAACUCUUCUGGUUCAAAGGUUGAAAUAGUUCAUUUUAAAAUUCCAGGGGUGAAUGAGUUGAAAGAUAAAUUUGAAACUAAUUAACAGCUGCAUGAAGAUUGUGCAAGAAAGCUGUAAGAUACGUUUUAUAUAGACUUGAAAUUUUGUUUGCUCAGAAAAUAAUUUGCCAAUUAUAUGUAAACAAAUUGAUUGAUAAGGAAUAAUUGUAGUAAUCAGUUAUACCUGGAGAUAAUAGUAAUUUGUCAAUUUCAUCAUGCCUAGUAUUAAGUACAUGUCAUAUAUUUUAAUCUCAUGAGCAAGUAAAGUAACCAGUGUCAUUCCUGUUUAUACUUAGGCCUUGCAAUAUUUUUAGAAGAGUGUUCAUUUGUAUAUAGUAUGUAUACUGGUCUAGUAGUGACUGCAGUACAUUGUUAUACAGUGUGUACAUGGGAACCCUGUUGAUUUCAUGUAAUUUUUCUGGGCAUACCAUGGCCAGUAUGAUUACAGAUGCAUAUUUGUAAAAACGGAAAUUUUAAAUCUUUCUUUCAUAAUACAUUGUCUGUAAAACAGACAGGGAAUAUAAUUUAUUAUGUAGUCAUAAAUUGAGAUAUUUAACCUUAACCUAUGACCUCUAAAAUAUAAUAAGAUACUUCUGAGAUAUCUUGUACAGAAGCUGUGUACUGACCCAUGCAUGGAUGUAUGCAUCCAUACAAAGCGAUUACUACAAGGUGCAUGUAUAUAUUCAUUAUAGAUUAAGCCAUUCUUUCAAAAUAUUCAGUUUGCUAAGAAUAUUAAUAAAAUAUGAUUCCCAAAAAACUACCUGGUACAUAUAUAGUAUAAUGUAUAUUAUACAUACACCAGGUACUCAAUACAGUGUAUUGUUCAAAAUAAAAUAAUAAGUUAUAUAAGAUUUGAAAUGUAUAAAUACCGGUACAUAUUUGGUGUUACAUUGUAUC